AUACAGUGGUAUCAUAAUUUUCUAGAAAGUUUGUUUCCAAUCAAUAAAUUGACACCUAGACCAGGAUAUCAAAAGCUAUAUGAAUCCUUCAAUACUAUCCAUCUAUGAAUGUGAUAACAUAUUUAGGAUACUAUCUAUUCUCUUUUCUUUCUUCAUAUCUAUACCUUAUAAUCAUGUCUGCCCGUACCAGUUCAUCCUCAGAGUCGCCACAGCUGUUCCGCCAGUUUACUUUUUCAGAGAUUCAGCAAGCAACCCGAAACCUUGAUGAGUCAUUGGUCAUAGGCCGUGGGGGUUUUGGCAAGGUUUACAAAGGAACCAUCAUUAAUGGCCCAAAUAUUUUGACUGUUGCCAUAAAGCGGCUGGAUUCAACUUCUAAUCAAGGAGCAUCGGAAUUUUGGGCAGAAGUAAAUAUGCUUUCUAACCUAAAGCAGUGUCACUUGGUGUCUUUCAUUGGUUAUUGCAAUGAUGGGCAAGAAAUGAUCCUUGUUUACGAGUAUAUGUCAAAUGGAACACUUGAAGACCAUCUCCACAAGCGCCAAACUCCUCUAUCUUGGGUUCAAAGACUCACAAUAUGCAUAGGGGCUGCUCGUGGGUUAGAAUAUCUUCACACAGGUACGGGUAUUAAGCAUGGGGUUGUACAUCGCGAUGUUAAAAGUUCAAAUAUAUUGUUAGAUGACAGUUGGGAAGCUAAGAUUUCAGAUUUUGGAUUGUCCAAAAUAUGUCCAAAAAACCGGCAGACCACUUACGUCAGCACUGGCGUAAAAGGCACGUUUGGGUAUCUUGAUCCCGAUUACUUUUACACUGGUAAGCUGACCAGAAAAUCCGAUGUAUAUGCUUUUGGGGUGGUACUGUUUGAAGUCCUGUGUGGGAAACGGGCAGUAGAUAGUAGAAUUGAUGAGGAGCAUUGGGGUUUGGCAGUAUGGGCUCAAGAAUCCAUUAAAGAAGGUAGGCUAAAGCAAAUUGUUGAUACUAGUAUAAGGGGGUCAGUAUCUCCUAAAUGUUUAAAGGAGUUUGCACAGCUUGCAAAACAGUGCUUGCAUAAAGAUAAAAAACAGAGACCUACAAUGGCCAAGGUUGUGGUAGGUCUUGAGUCUACUCUGGCCUUACAAGAGAAAGCCAACGAUACAUUACAGCCUACCAGCAUGAAUUUUUUUGCAAGAUUGGCACCAAAAGUUAUAUCUCCAUCAUUUGAGAACUCAGAUAUAUUAAUUUCUCUUCCAGGAAGUAGACGUUUAAAGUCUUUGGAGUUGUACUUUAAUACUGUUGGAGGUGAAAACCAGACACUACAUCGGUUUGAUCUUCUUACUUUGAAUGUUGCAACUAAAGAAUUCUCUAGAGCUAAUAAAAUUCCACAAGGAAAAUUACAUAAGAAUGGCUGGUAGAUGGGCAACAAGCUGCGCCGCAACCCCUUUUUGAAUAUAAUUACAUAUUUUCCGGUAAUCAUGUUGUAUGCUCUAAAUUCCAACUUGGUUUCUCUUUUCAGGGAAAGCUGCAAAAUGGCCAAAGUAUAGCAGUCCUUCGUGCUCCUUUAAGUCAGAGAUAUGAAAACAUAUACAUGAAUGAAGCAUCAAUAUUGGUAAAGCUUGAACAUGAGAAUGUGGCUAAGUUGCUUGGAUAUUGCAUUGA